AUGGGCACUUGUAAGCCUGCAGCUACUCAUGUGGACACUCAGUCCAAAUUGAGUGCAGAAUCAGGUCCGAAAGUUCAGGAUCCUACUAAGUACGGUAGCGUGGCAAGUUCUCUUCAGUACCUCACUUUUACUCGCCCUGAUAUAGAUUACGCGGGCACCAUUGACCAUGGGUUACAUUUAUAUCCUAAUACUUCCUUGCAAUUGAUCACUUAUACUGAUGAUGCAGAUUGGGGUGGGUGCCCAGACACCCGCCGGUCGACUCCGGGUUAUUGUUGUUUCCUAGGAGAUAAUUUAAUUUCUUGGUCCUCCAAGCGUCAACAUACAUGGUCUAGAUCUAGUGCAGAAGCAGAAUAUCGAGGCGUCGCAAAUGUUGUUGUCGAGGCAUGUUGGCUUCGUAAUCUCUUACUGGAGCUACAUUGUCCUCUCUGA